AUGACAACGAAAGUGAUUUCUUACAAAAGUGGACAGAAGAAAGUUGACAAUACUGGUCCCGCGAUCGUGUUGGAAUCAGGUGAAAAAGAUGGCAUCAAACAUACAUGGAGUGUACGUGUCGAUACUUCUUCUAGAGCCAAUUUCAUAUGGAACAUUGAUUGGAAAGAUUUGAAAAACCAAGGAGCUCAUCGUCUUGUUGGACAUUUGAUAGUCAGUUCUGUUUACGACCAUUGGUAUCCACAAAGAGUAGAUAUUGAUUGGACUGACACGAACCAUUCAGUUUUGGCAGCAAUUAAAAAUAGCCCUAAAAAAUAUCCCUACUCGAGAAGUUUUAAGUACAAUCCCACUGGUUACUACGCUGAAUCGUCCCCACCCGAGAAGAUGUCUAAUUCCUUCUUCGUCAUUUUUGAGUACAAUCUCACUGCUCACUACGCUGAAUCGUCUCCACCCGAUAAGAUGUCUUAUGAAAAACUGUUUGUGGCUUCCGAUAAAACAGAUGUGGUUCUUGUUGUCGAUGGAAAGAAGCUGAAUGUUAACAAAUCGUUCCUUUCCAUCCACUCCGACUAUUUCUCCAAUCUUUUCUCCGCGAAUUUCAAAGAAGGACAAAUGAAAGAAAUCGAAAUCAAAGAAGUUUCGUAUGAAGAUUUUGGGCUUCUUUGCAGCAGUUUCUAUCCGGAUCCGCAGUUUCCAAACGAUCAAACUGUCGAGAAACUUCUGGAGAUGGCUAGCCGUUUUCAAGUGUCAUCAGUUGUUGGAAUCGUUGAAUAUCAUCUUCUUAACAAUUCAACAAUUGGAUAUGAGAAAAUGUUAUGGUUUGCUGAUGAAUACCAAAUGCCGAAGCUUCUAGAGAAGUGUAUCAGUCAAAUGAACUCACUGGCGAUGGCUAAGAAAUUGGAGAAGUCUCCGGAAUUCGAAAAGUUAUCAGAUAGAACUAGCUCGCUGAUUUUCAGACAACUUUUGAAAUCUCUCUGA